AGGACGCGGCUGCAGUUUCCGGGAGGUGCCAAUCGGCGGGGGCCUGACGUGUUGCUUGUCCGCUCACUGCCUCUUCCCCCUCUCCGCUGUCUGUGCGGCCCGCGGCUGCUCUUCCCGCUUCGCCGCCAUGAACACAGCGCUGUCUCGGGCUAACUCGCUCUUCGCCUUCUCGCUGAGCGUGAUGGCCGUGUUGACGCUCGGCUGUUUCCUCACCACCGCCUUCAAGGAGCGCAGCGUCCCGGUGCACAUCCAGGUCUCCAAAGUCAUACUGAAAAAUGUAGAAGAUUUCACAGGACCCAGAGAAAGAAGUGAUUUGGGAUUGAUCACAUUUGACCUGUCUGCAGAUUUGAAGCCAAUCUUUGACUGGAAUGUCAAGCAACUGUUUCUUUAUUUAUCAGCAGAGUACAAAACAAAAAAUAAUGCAUUGAAUCAGGUUGUUCUCUGGGACAAGAUUGUACUUCGUGGAGACCAAACGAAGUUGGAUCUGAAAGAUAUGAAGUCAAAAUAUUUCUUCUUUGAUGAUGGAAAUGGUCUGAAGGGUAAUGAAAACAUCACAUUGACUCUGUCCUGGAAUGUGGUCCCAAAUGCUGGGAUUCUGCCUCUUAUAAUGGGUUCAGGGCACUACUCUGUUGCAUUUCCAGACUCGUAUGAGAUGACAAAAAGCUAUUGAACUUCUGACUCUUUUCUUUGUUAUAGUACCUUUUAUUGUUGUAAUUUGAAGCUCAUAACUCAGAACGUAUUUUUAUAUCCAAAUAUCAUGUCUGCGAGGCUGGGGUGAAAAAAACCUGAAAACUCCCCGCAAAUGAAAAUAAAAAUGGGUGACUGUUUUGUAUUUUUUUGUAAUGGGCGCACAAAUUUUGCAUUGUAAUUUUUUUUUGGUUCAGAUUUGAUCCCAUUCAAUGACGUGUUGGAUUGGGAUGAGUCGAGAAAGGCGUAUGUCUGCACACUUCACGUGAAACAGAAAUAAACACAUGACUGAUCAUGAAUACGAUACCUAAUUCCUAGGAAAUCCAUCCCUCUUUCCCUUUAAAAGUGUGAUUCAUUUUCUCCAUUAAGAGUUGUCUCAUCAUACACAAUACAUAGGUAGGUUGCUGUUUACACCACAACUUACAUAUAUUUGGUAUUUUUAAAUGUAUUGACUCUUGCAUUAAUAAGAGUUGUGUAGCAUGUUAAAUUGUUCACCUUUGCACCAAACCUGUGCUUGUUACACCAUAGCACUGACUUGUCAUCACCCGGGUCAGUUGAUGAAGGCGCGGACUUGAUGGGCCAAAGAGUCGGUUUCUGUACUUUGGUGCUCUGACUCUAUGAAAUGUCAACUUGUGACUUAGAUAUGUUAAUAUGGUAACCUGCACCUCCAGUGGCCAUUAUCCAGUCGUACAGAGACUUCGUUCAGGUCAGGACUUGGCAGCAUGGUGGCCAGACUUACUUAAGCCCAUCACCCCUACUGAAGCAUAGGCCACCAACAGCAAUUCACCAGAGUCCUUUCUCCUGAGCCAGUCUUUCAAGUUGUCCACAAGUGUAGCCAUCUUCUUGCUGUCAGCGAAGAUCCUUCCUCUCCCAGGUAUGAGGUCUUUAGAGCUACUGCUGGCAUUUCUGUAGCUCUAGGUUUUUAUGGGAUGGGGUUGCUGGCACGAUGCCCAAUCCUCCUCCUUUCACAGCUGGGUUUGGGACCGUCCACGGCAGAGUUAUGUUGACCUGAGAGGCCCUACAUAUUACUCUUAAUUCUCCUGUUUCCAAGACUUGCUACACCCAACAAAGAUUGUUGAUUUUAGGCCUGUCCCCUUAAAUUAACUCCUCCUAUUUUUGGAUCCAAUGGGUAAAGGUUAAUGAUGGGGAGUAGCAAAAUGAGGUGAAGGGGAUUAAGUUCAGCAGUUGCUCAAUCCAUUCAGUGUGUAGAUGGGAAAAGGGUGAAAGUUCUCUUGAUUUAAACAUGAAAGAGAAGGAGUUACAUAGCCAGCCAUGGCAGUUCAGGUGUUCUCUAGAAGGCAAAGCUAAGUCACUGCUUUCUUUUUCUGCCUCCCCAACCCUAAACAAAAGUUCACUGGAUUCAAUUUGUAUCCUUGAAGGAAAUGAUAGCCUCCUUAUUAAUUAUGCUAUGUAAUAAUCUCCCCUCCAACUUCUAAAGCCUUAAUCAUGACAUUUGUUAUGCUCAUUGCAACUUGUUUACUUGCUACGGUGAGGAUUUUAUUUUCUGUGCACAAAAAAUGAAUCCCAUUCCUCAAAUGAAAACAGGUUUACUUCAUCUUAGGACUCUUCAUGUUUUUCUUUACUGUACCUAAAAAAAUACACAAAGUAAAUUGAAGCAUGAGUAUUUAUACCAGUUAUUCUGGGGAUGUUCCGAGCAUUGCUUGUAUCUUGCAGCACAUCAGCUUUUAUACUGUAUAAUUACUGUGAAUUGCAACAAAAAUACAACAAUGUGCAUAUUCUGUGGAACAGAAUAUAUUAAAUCCUUUUCGUGGUAUAUUUUAAUGGUUGGCAAAACACUGUACAUGGGAGGGAAUUGAGGUUGGAACCCAGAAAUCUGAAAGAUUUUUUUAAAAAGGCUGUGCUUUACAAAAAAAAAGCUUGUGUUUGAAUAAAAGGUUUUGAUUUUUUUUGUCCAUGAGGUUUGUCCAUUGUCCAUUGUCCAUUGGUUUGCUGUUAACCUUUUGUACUGCCUCUCACAUUGCUCAAUCACUCACCCUUGAAUUUAUAAUGUAGAAGCCACAUCUGUACAGAACCAAAUGCUUUGCUAAAUGUUUGGCAUGGCAGUGCAACCUGAACCUGACUAGUCACCUGAAGAGUGCAAGUGUGUGGGUGUGUGUGUCCAUUCAUUCGUUCGUUCCCUUGCACUGUUUAAUCUCAUUCUUUGUGUAUCAUUAGCUACUGGACUGCUAAGCCAGAGAUUCAAAUUUAAAAUCCCACUUUGGCAGCUGAAAAGCUUUAACUUGCUUAAUUCAAUAAAAGUGUAGUACCUCUAAUUACAUUGAACAGUACAGCACAGACCCUACUUUGUGUGAUUUAAAAAAAAGCUUAGCCUGUACAUCCCCUUUAAACUUUUCCCCUCUCACCUUACAGCUACAGCCCUGUUGUUGACCUUCAAGAGCAAAAGAAAGCCAUAGACCAUUCUGACCUUACACCUGCUUUGCAAUAAAUUCAUGGUAAUAAAAUCAGUGCCAGUCCCCUGCACUUAACUCUAUUUCCCUCAGUUCUUUCAAAAUCUAAAAAUCUAUUUUGCUAUUUUGAAUAUAUUGAGUCACAGACCUCUCAGGUAGAUAAUGCUAAAGGUCGGCUGUCCUCUUGUCAAUGAAUUUCUUCUCAUCUUAGGCCAGUGUGAUUACUUUCUUUUGAGACUGUGAAAUGUGAUCCAGAUGUCAACCAGAUGAGACAUAAAAGUUCAAAGUAAAUUUAUUUAUUUUUAGUAAUUUUGUAAAUUUAAGUACAUUUGUCACCAUAUCCAACCCUGAGGUUCAUUUUCUCGUAGGCAAUCACAAUAAAUAUAAGAAACACAGUAGAAUCAGUGAAAGACCGCACCCAACAGGACGGCAAGCAACUAAUGUGCGAAAGACUAAAAGCUCUGUAAAUACAAAAAAAGAAAAUCAAAAGAAAUAAUAAUAAAUAAAUUGAGCACUUGAGACGAAGAGUCUUUGAAAGUGAGUCCAUAGGUUAUGGGAAUAGUUCAGUGAUGGAAUGAGAGAAGUUAUCCCCUCUGGUUCAAAAGCAUGAUGGUUGAGGAGUAAUGGCUCCUCAAGUAUCAUCCCUGGAUCUAUGUGGCCAAGUGCAAUAGAAUGUGUAUUUUCCUGUGCAAUCAUUCUGAACUCUAGGCAGUAAAAAUUCAGUCUGGUUGAUAUUUCUUCAAAAGAUUAUUCACAUUCCACAAUCCUAACAAUCAACUGAGUGAAUCUGCAUUGCUUGAUCCAGCAUCAUGAAUGUUUCCUGCAUGUUACUGUACUGAACAUUGUAGACAUUCUAUGUUACAGGCUGCCCCCACCACAUCGUCAGUUUGUGUUGGUUGUUAAAGCAAACGAUGCAUUUCACUGUAUGUUUUGAUGUACAUGUGAUUAAUAGAUUGAUCUAAAUAGAUCUAAUUUAUCAAAACUAUAUCCUUCCUUAGAUGGGGAGUUCAGGUUUGUACAGAAAAUGCAAAUGUCAUCUGAGCAGCAUCCUAUACAAUUGCAGUGAAAUGCUUGUGCCUUGAAUUGAAAUCAUCUUGCAGUAUUAGCGAGCAUACAGUAUACAGUAGCUAUUUAAUUUGUUGUGCCUGUAAGUUUGGGUAAUUCAAUGAACAAGAAUAUCCUGGUCCUUCUGAACACCAGCACAUGAAUCUUUCACCCUAUUGAGAAAAUGCUGCUGCUUCUCGCCCCUCCCCCCAGUAUUCUGCACUAUAAUGUUCCAUUUAUCUUCACCCUUUUAGAUUGCUUAAUUUGUGUAUUUCCCUUUAUUCCUGUCUACAACCUCCUUGCCACCAGGCUUGUAUCAUAGACAAAUCUGGAUACAUAUAGUCCUUUUAUUACCUGUACAGUGCCUAUAAAAUGUAUUCACCCUCCAGGGGUUUUCAUGUUUUAUUGUUUUACAACAUUGAAUCACAGUGGAUUAAUUUGGCUUUUUUUGACACUAAUCAACAGAAAUACUCUUUUGUGUCAAAGUGAAAACAUAUCUAUGAAGCGAUCUAAAUUAAUUACAAACAUAAAACACAAAAUAAUUCAUUGCAUAAGUAUUCAUACCUUCAAGUCAGUAUUUAGUAGAUGAGCCUUUAGCAGCAAUGACAGCCUUGAUUCUGUAUGGAUAAGUCUUCAACAGCUUUGCACAUACAGACACUGCAAUUUUUCCCCAUUCUUCUUUACAAAACUGCUCAAGUUCUGUCUGUUUGCAUAGGGAUCGUGAGUGAACAGCCCUUUUCAGGUCCAACCACAAGUUCUCAAUUGGAUUGAGGUCUGGACUCGGACUUGGCUACUCCAGGACAUCAACUUUGUUGUUUUUAAGCCAUUCCUGUGUAGCUUUGGCUUUAUGCUUGGGGUCAUUGUCUUGCUGAAAAACAAAUCUUCUCCCAAGUCGCAGUUCUCUUGCAAAUUGCAUCAGGUUUUCCCUGUAUUUUGCUGCAUUCAUUUUACCCUCAACCUUCAUAAGCAUUCUAGGGCCUACUGCAGUGAGGCAUUGCCACAGCAUGAUGCAGCCACCACGAUGCUUCACGGUAGGGAUGGUGUGCUUUUGAUGACGUGUGCUGUUUGGCUUUCGGCCUGAUGGCCGAAAAGCUCAAUUUUGGUUUCAUUAGACCAUAAACCUUCCAGCUGACUUCAGUGUCUCCCACAUGCCUUCUAUCAAACUCUAGUUGAGAUUUCAUGUGAGUUUUUUUUUCAACAGUGGCUUUUUCUUUGCCACUCUGCCAUAUAGCUGUGAUUGGUGAAGAACCCGUGCAACAGUUACUGCAUGCACAGUCUCUCCCAAUUCAGCCACUGAAGCUUGGAACUCCUCCAGAGUUGUCAGGUCUCUUGCUGGCCUCUCCCUCACUAGUCCCCUUUUCGCACAGUCACUCAAUUUUUGAGGACGGCCUGCUCUUGGCAGAUUUACAGCUCUGCCAUAUUCUUUCCAUUUCUUGAUGAUUGACUUAACUGUACUCCAACAGAUAUUCAGUGGCUUGGAAAUUUUCUUGCAACCAUUUUCUGACUUGUGCUUUUCAAUAACCUUUUUGUGAAGUUGCUUGGAAUGUCCUUUUGUCUUCAUGCUGUAGUUUUUGUCAGGAUACUGACUCACCAGCAGUUGGACCUUCCAGGUACAGGUGUAUUUUUACUGUAAGCUAUUAAAACUCCUUGACUGCACGCGGGUCUCCAAAAACAGAUCUUCAUUUAAUUAAUGAUGUGCCUUCUAAAACCAGGUGGUUGCAUCAGUGAUGAUUUGGUGUGUUAUGUUAAAGGGGGUUGAAUAUUUAUGCAAUCAAUUAUUUUGUGUUUUAUAUUUAUAAUCACUUUGACGGAAAUAAAAGAUCUGUUUUUAUUUUGACACAAAAGUCUCUUUUUUCUGUUGAUCAGUGUCAAAAAAAAACAAAUUAAAUCCACUGUUGUAAACAAUAAAAAAUGAAAACUUCCAAGGGGGUGGGAGUGAAUACUAUUUAUAGGCACUGUAUAUUGAUUACAAACACCUCAGGGCUUCCAUAUUUUCCUACCUCCCAAAUGUUUAUGAACAGUUUUUUGAAACACUUGUUCCUGUCCAUUAACCAAUGUUAAAUCAGCAGUGGAAUCUUAUGUAAAAUACCAUGGGUAAUUGUUUUAUUUAAUUCUUUCUCAUAGUUUUCAAAGGCCUGAAAGUGUAUCUAUGCCACAUCCACAGGUUUGCCUUCGAUGCUGUUCGUGUACCUGUUUUUGUUAGAUAUUGCAUAUAGAAUUCCAUUUUAUGAACUUGUGUCCCCUUCAAAAAAUAAAUUAUUUUCUUUACCUAAUCUGGCUUGCAUGUAGCUCUGCACCCAAAACAAUGUAGGUUUCAACUGCGCUCUUUGAAGUGUACCAGGAGGUCAUGCUGUUCAAGAUUAACCAACAUAAACCUUCCCUGAGAGCUGCAUGAAGAAGCCAAGUAUUUAAUUCCCAUCUUUAUUGCAACCUGAGACGCUAGCCUUUUCAGAGAGCAGUUAAGUCAACAAGCUUGUAGGGUGUGGUGUCACAUAUGUGGAUUAUCCAUCAAAAAAUGAUGAGCCAAAUAGGUGCCUGCAAUAUUGUAGGUGGUUAAUGAUUCUAGGUUUAUUUAUUGGAAUUGCUGUCUCCCGAACCUCUAAGUUUGCAAAGUCAAUUGUUGUCAGUGGUAAAGGACCUGGCACAGGUACAUGCACAAGUAACACUCUUAAUGUAACUGUUCAGAAUCAGAAUCAGGUUUGUUAUCACCAGCGUGUGACGUGAAAUUUGUUAACUUAGCAGCAGCAGUUCAAUGCAAUGCAUAAUCUAGCAGAG